UCCAGCUACCGUCUGAAGCACCGAGUGAGCCUCGAGGACAUUUGGCUUUAUGGUUUUGAAGAUGAAUCGGAGGAUGAGGAGGGACCGACUGGUGAUAUCGACCUCAGGGUGACUCUCGUCUUGGCCUGGGCCCUCACCUUUUGUUUGGUGUGUUUUCGCUCGCCUGAGGUGAAAGAACGCUGGUUAGAUACACUUCACAGAAAAAUUAAAGACGCAAAAGCGAGGGUUGGUUGUGCUUCUUCACCUCCAGACGUCCUCAUGAAGGUGUUGAGUGGCAGCAUCACAACUAAAACUCUAACAGGAGGUGGCAUGGAACAAUUCAUUGAGUUUCCACUUGAUGGCGAUGUAAAGAUUGCUGCUCCAGCAAAGCACUCGAAUAACCAAGAUGACAAGCAGCCCAAUGAAACCAAGUGGGGCCUGGUGAGGAGGAUCAGAAAAGGCUCUAGUUUCAUCAAAGCGCGCCGAUCAGAUACCGACACCAAGACACAGCUGUUUGGACAGUCCCUCUGCAAGAUAUGCCCAGAUGAUUGCUCACUCCCCAAACCAGUUGCAGAGAUGCUGGUGUUGCUAAGGAAGAAGGGGCCAUCCACAGAGGGAGUGUUUCGGAAGCCGUGCAACAGCAAGAACAUGAGGGACAUCAGGGAACAGCUCAACAGCGGCCAGGAGGUGGACCUGGAGGGUCAGCCGGUCCUUCUGCUCGUCGGGCUGCUCAAAAGUUUUCUGAAGGAACUUCCUGGCAGCCUGCUGGUAUCUAAACUUUAUGACAACUGGAUGAGGGCUCUGGACAAUGAAGACGCCCAGCAGAGAGCUCUGGAAAUGAGAAAGGUGGUAGACAUGCUUCCCGGGGCAAACAAACUCCUCCUGCAGCAUCUAGUCUGCGUCCUCCAUCGCAUCCUCGAGAGUGCUGACAUCAACAAGAUGGACGCCCACAACCUGGCGGUGUGUAUCGCCCCCACGCUGCUGCAGGCGAACGACACCCCGCUGGAUGAGCAGAAAGAAAGGAUUGAAAAGGUCACAGAGCUAACUCAGUUCAUGAUUGAGCAUUGUGAGAUCCUUGGAGACAAUAUCCCAAAUCUGCUGGAUACUGAUGAAGACUCACUGUCCUCUCAGCAUCAUGACUCUGCAUAUGACAGCACCGACCCAGAUGGAGAUGGAGAGGCGGGCGAGAGUGCCAGCUCCACACAUGGAGGGAGUGACUCAUGUUCCUCCCUCAGUCCCAGCUUCACCGACUCCUUCAGGUCGCAGCCAACAUUCAAUCGUCGCUGCUCUGAGCCCAUCAUCCACCUCUCACCUCAUCUCAAGACCCUGUGCAACCAUGCCAGGAGCCACGAAGACUGCUCGGUGGAGAGGAGGGACUUUGAGGAGCAGCCUCUGAAGAAGCAGAUCUCAGAUGACUCCUUCCUGCUCAGAGGACAUGGUGAAGCGAGGCCAGUUUUGUCUUUUACAAAACUGAUCAGCAGCUCCAACAUGGAUCAGCUGCCUUACAUGACAGGCAAGGACUGCUCAUGCUCUUCCCUAGAGAGCGCUGCCUCUAAUCAGUCGGAAGGGUCCGUUUUCGCCAGUUCCCCUGUGGGGUCGCCAACCUGCCCUAGGAGAGCAAACACCACCAACCAGCUUCCAGGAGUUGCAAAGGUUCACCAGGACAUUGCCAAACCGAUUUCAGAUGAAAAGAGGCGUUCACAGUCCAUGAGGGUUGCCAGUAAAGUCCUAAUGAGGACCAGGAGCUUAGGAACUUUCAGCAGGGGCAGCCUGAAGAAAGAUUCUCAGAAGGAAAACUCCUUUCCUUGUGAAACUCUCCAGGAGGACUCUCAGAGUGAAGCAGAUCCACCAGCCGAGCUUCUACAGAAACCGCGUCCUCUGUCGGCCAUUGAAGUGUUUAAACAUGUGGACAGCCGGCUGCCCCGCAGACCUCCGCCAUUUGAGCAUGCAGUGCAGAACGUGUGUCCUCCUCCACAGUAUCGAUCAAUGACUGUACACGAUGCCAUAGAGCUGGAGAGAAGGUCCCGUCCAUCCUCUGUAAACUAUGACUUCCCACCUACCUGUGCUGUCGAUCAGUACAUAGACUGUUUUGCUCAAGCUGCACAGGACAAAGCCAGCGCUGUUGAGCGGCGGCAGCCUUACCGCCAGAGAGCUAUGUCUGAGUCUGUGUCUGCAGGUCAUCACGAGGUUGUGUCACGGAGAUGUAGUCAGCCUGUGUUUGAGGAGUUUUCUUACGCCAAGGAGUCUUACGUCUGAUUGACUUUGGAACUUUUCCACAGAUGGGAUUCCAGAUAUGCAAACAUUUAUCAGAGUUAAAAAUAUCAGUGGGCAAAGCCAUAGGACCAGUUUUCAAGCGGCAUAGCAAGCUUUAGCCAGGCUCUUUGUAACUUAGAGAAUCUAAUAUGGCUGGAAUUUAUGUUUUAAUAGCAAAAGAGCUUGGCUUUAUUAUGGUAGCCACUUCCUCUCCUACUCCUUCCCUUUUCACUGUUCUUUGUCGGUUAGAUAAGAAGAGACUAAAGUGUUUUAAAGGCUCUGCCCACUGAGCAGCUCUGUGUUAGAGAAAUGCUUGUAUAUGUACAUAAAGUUCAAUCUGUUCAUGAUUCACUGUUUCACUUUGAAUGACUAUCAGCUAUGUGCCGCCUCUAUGGUGGCACUUUCUCAGUAGUACUAUUUAGAGUACAGCAUUUAUAAAAUAUGUAAUUAUAAUGAUAGAUAUCCAGUCUAUCACAAUGAAGCUAUGAAAACACAGUUAACUGUGAAUAAAAUAUGCUAUGAUUUCUUUUGUUUUCUAUGUUUUGUUUGACAGUUUCUGUUGACCUAUGUACAGUAUAGCAAGUUGAGCACAAAGUGUUUGUUUUGGCUUUUUGUAAAUCCUCUUCACCUUGCAUGGCCUUUUUCUUUCACUACAUUAAAGCACUUUUCUGAUGAUGA